AUGCUUCGAUGUUAUAGACAUAGACUUACCGGUGCAGGAUUACACCGGACUGUGAUAUCCCGACACUAUUCAAAUGUUUCUACCAAAAUAAAUACGAAAGUGCCGGAUAUGUACAGUAUAAAUGACAUGAAGGAUGAGAAUGAAAUAAAUGCAUCUAUAUUUGCACGAUUGUCAAAAGUAUAUCAGAUAUUAAGCAGUAGGACAAGAAGGUUCAGAUAUGCUGCUAAUGAGUGCCGUGAUAUUUAUAUCCAAAAUAAUGCUAGUCUUUUAGAUGAUCUUCUACAAUAUCCCAGGAUUAACAAAGAUAUGAUAACAUUUUUAUUUUUUAACUAUACAUUUUCCAACUCGAUCAAGGCACUUCUUUUGGAUGAUCUCAAUCGUCUUCUUAUGGUAGGAAACUUUGAGGUUGUCCUAAAAUCUUUUAAAAAUAUGAUAGAAUCAGGUAUAGUUUCAAAUUCAGUAGAAAGUGAUUUUAUGCAUAUCAGUACCCAUAGAGGGCGAGUGACAGAGACAGAAUUGAGAAAUAGACUAGCAGACUUAAUAGUCAAUCAGGCUGUUAGUUCCGGUGAGCAUUUACUAGCAUCAUCAUUUGCAUUAAGAUUCAAAGCUUCCAACAUUCCUUUGAACAACCAAACCAUUCGUCUACUUCUUCAUUCUCUAGCCGUUGAUACGACUAUCAACCACAUUUACAACUCAUACACGAUUAUUAAGAUCUUAAAUGAAUUCUCCACAAACGAUAUAAAAUUACCAGACAUGUGCAAUUUAUUACUAUAUUUGGCCGAAGGAAAGCAGCAACCUUUUUUUGCAAACAUACUUUAUGAUUGGAUAUUGCAAAGUUCACUUCUUAAUAAACAACUGGAAGGCGAUUUAAAGAAAUUUAAUGAAGCCGCUAUUAAACUAAUGCAACAAAAUAUAGAACACGGUGAUGUGACGAGAGCAGACAAGAUAUGGAACUCAAUUAAGAAUAUAGAGAUAACUUCUGCCACGAAUACAGUAGCCUUAAGUAAACUAAUAGAGAAACUUAUAGAAACAGAUGAGGAUGCUGCAGAAAAUAUAGUAUAUGAAAAUCUAUCUACAGAACUUUACAAUAAUCCUGAUUUACAAGAUUGCAUUUUGAGGUUCUUCGGCACUCACCCCAAACAUGUCGAGAUGUUUGAAAAAUUAAUGAAACAAUUAAAACCACCAUUAAGAAGACUGACAUUAUCACUGUUAUUUGAGGCCUUCUUGCUGCAAAAUAAUGAAUCUGGGGCAGAAAAAAUUUUACUGUUUAUAUUCAAAUCCAAAAACGGAAUUAACUUCUUAGAUUUUGAUUCUAUCAUUAGAAAAUUAAUAAGGCAACAAAAGAUAACUCAAUGUAUUGACAUGCUCAGAUCAACUGAUAUAGAAAUUUCCAAAGUGGGACAUAUUAGUGUUUUUAAGUAUCUUAUCCGAACUCCAAAUGGUAACGAAAAGAAGAAAUUUCUUGAAGAUUUAGCCGCUCGCUUUCAUAAAUUGGAUAAUAAUGAUGAAUGCUUUCAGUUGUUGACUAUAGCAUUUUUUGCUUACGUUUCAGAACAUAUUAAUAAUCGAGUCAGUCGAAGUUUGUUUACGCAAAUUAGUCGUAAUUCUCAUGAAGGUAUCACUACUCUCCGUGAUUCUGGUGAUAAAUUAAACUUAGAGCAGUAUUCAUUUCCUAAGGGUUUUCUGCAACUAUUAUCCUUCGAGGGGAGUGCCAGAUUGGAAUGUUUAUCAAUCAUUUCCAACCACGCAAUUCAAGAUUACGAUUUAAACACAUUGAAAUGGUGCAUCGAAGAGUUAAGGUUUUCUGGUGUAUUACUAGAAGAUAUAUUAAAGAGCAUGUUUAAAAAAGAUCCCCAGUUUUAUAAAGAAGUAUUACAAGUGGAGAGUUUACCUUCUCCUGUCCAGCAUUAG